AUGCAUUUCACCACAGCAGUCAGCGCCGCUGCCCUCUCCCUCUUCGCCAUCUCGUCCGCCUCGCCCAUCCUUGAAAGCAGAGCCACCACUGUACCCGCCCAAUACUACCUUCAAACCAAGGUUGUCAAUGGCGACCACAAGGACACCGGCAGCGACAAGGAUGGCAUGUACAUCUUCUCUUACCACACCGGUGCUGGUCUCGGAGAUGCCGCCUUGAUCGCCAACAAGACCGAUGCUAUGAUUGGCUAUUUGAACGGCACCCAGCAGCUGUUCACGUACCCGGACAACAACAUCGGACCAUGGCCUCUUGCCAUUGUGGAGUCCACUGGAAACUACUACCAAGCAUGGUCCGAAGCUACUAUCAGCAUCGCUGCCGAUCCUGUCAGCUACGAAGGCUUCUUCUUCAACUCUUCCGGUCUCCAAUACAACGGCAGCAUUGGUGGAUGGUUGGCUUGCGAUUGGUGGUUGACUUCACCUCAAUUGUUCAACAUUGCUGGCUUCACUGCCAAUGUCAGCAUUCCCAACUCCUGUUCCAAGGUCGAGCUGCUUCCGGUGGCCGUCUAG